AUGGCUUAUAUCUUGUUGAUUUCUGGAUUGAUAGGGAGCAGGGAGCCUGCUGGAGUCGAAAUAACCAGAGUAACAGAAGGAGCAGAGCGCAUGAUGACUUCCGAAGCAAGUAAGCAACAAACUCCCUCAGCAGCAAUUGAUGGUGGAAGAGGACAAGGGCAUCUUGGAGGGGUUGGCUGGUCUUUGCAAUCGGUUGGAAAAUAUUAUCUGUCAGACUUUAGACAAGGUUUCUACAAUUUUGCUAUGCGGGGUCGUCAUCUCGAUGCCUACUCGGCAUACAAGCGUGUGGCGUCGAAGGACCAUAUCAAAGCUUAUGAUAGAGAAGAAAGUUCAGUGCAAACGUACUACCAUAAAUGGUACUCACUCGGGGCUGAUUCCUUGUAUGGAGUGGUUAAUGAGACACUAGAUAGCAUUUCUAUGGACCUUGGUUUCAGUGGGAAUCCCUUGGCUAAGGGUCUAGUAGUGAGUACAUGUUUAGGGGAUGCUUUUUUUGGAUCUAUAUUUAGUGGAUGGAUUCUAGAUGGAGUUGGGCAUCGAAGGGCAUUCCAGCUGUGUGCAUUGCCAAUGAUAAUCGGUGCAUCAAUGAGGUAA